ACCUGCAAGCGUGACUGGAAAGUUUACCUCUCAGGUACCUCAGGCAAAGGAAAGUUUUUAAAAGGCUUCAGGCAUUUCCCCUCCCACUCCCGAGGGGUGCUCGGCUAAAAUCCAGGCAAUAAAGGGGAGGAGUUAAACUGGAUCCCUCCCCUUCUCCUGGGAAGUUUUAUCAUCCCAAACGCGAGCAAGGCUAGAGUUUGAACAGCAGGGAGUAGCUGCGCGCCCCGAACUUUCCCCAUGGUUUCGGUGACCAGAGCCGUGUUUGGAGAGCUGCCCUCGGGGGGAGGGACAGUGGAGAAGUUCCAGCUUCGGUCAGACCAGCUGAGUGUGGACAUCAUCUCCUGGGGCUGCACCAUCACAGCUCUGCAUGUCAAAGACAGGCAGGGGAAAGCCUCAGACGUGGUGCUCGGCUUUGCCGAGUUGGAAGGUUACCUGCAGAAGCAGCCCUACUUUGGAGCAGUGGUUGGGAGGGUAGCCAACCGAAUUGCCAAAGGAAGAUUCACGGUGGAUGGGAAGGAGUACCACCUGCCCAUCAACAGAGAGCCCAACAGUCUCCAUGGAGGCUUCAGAGGGUUUGACAAGGUCCUGUGGACCCCUCAGGUGUUGUCCAAUGGUGUCCAGUUCUCUCGAGUCAGUCCAGAUGGUGAGGAAGGCUACCCUGGAGAGUUGAAAGUCUGGGUGACAUACACCCUGGAUGGUGGGGAGCUUGUAAUCAACUACAGAGCACAAGCCAGCCAGACCACACCGGUUAAUCUGACCAACCAUUCUUACUUCAACCUAGCAGGCCAGGGCUCCCCAGACAUAUAUGACCACGAAGUCACCAUUGCAGCAGAGGCGUAUUUGCCCGUGGAUGAAACGCUGAUUCCUACAGGAGUCAUUGCUCCAGUGGAAGGAACUGCAUUCGACCUGAGAAAGCCAGUGGAGCUUGGAAAACACCUGCAAGAUUUUCACAUCCCUGGUUUCGACCACAACUUCUGUCUGAAGGGAUCCAAAGAAAAGCAUUUUUGUGCCAGGGUGCGUCAUGCCAGAAGUGGGCGGAUCCUGGAAGUAUACACCACCCAGCCUGGUGUCCAGUUUUACACUGCCAACUUCCUGGAUGGCACUCUGAGGGGCAAGAAUGGAGCAGUCUACCCCAAGCACUCUGGCUUCUGCCUGGAGACCCAGAACUGGCCUGAUGCGGUCAAUCAGCCCCAGUUCCCCCCUGUGCUGCUGCGUCCUGGGGAGGAGUACAACCACACCACCUGCUUCAAGUUCUCUGUUGCUUAAAGAAGGCUGAAGAUGCCACCCGGUCCCUCCCAUCCCGGUGAAGACAGAGAAGCAUUAAAAGUGAUCCUGCGUGUUAAGUCGCUACCAUAAUAGCUUGAAUACUGAUUUCCUUUUCCAACAGCUGGCUUCAGGCCAUGUCUCAUGACCAGCUGUGUUCUCUGUCUAGGUCAGAGGACAAAUUAACUCUUGCUACUAGUGCCUUCCUCUAAGGCCUGACCUUAGUGGAAAGGUGGCCCUCUAGACUCUAAUAGAUUCCAUCUCUCCAGCUGUUGUCUUUAAGCCUUCCUUUCUUUGAUGGAGCUCUUUGUUUUUCUGUCUCCUCUUUUACCCCAGACUACCCUCCAGAAGUUAGUAAAACAGUUUUAACCCCAA